GCUAUGAAGAAGAUGAGCAACAUCUACGAGUCGGCUGCAAAUACGCUGGGGCUGUUCUCCAGCCCCUGCCUGACUAAGGUGGAACUGCGAGUAUCGUGCAAAGGGAUAUCGGACCGAGAUGCACUCUCCAAACCAGACCCCUGCGUCAUCCUCAAAAUGCAGUCACAUGGGCAAUGGCUCGAGGUUGACAGGACUGAAGUUAUCCGCACCUGCAUUAACCCAGUCUUUUCAAAAGUUUACACAGUGGAUUUUUACUUUGAAGAGGUUCAGCGGCUGAGGUUUGAAGUCCACGAUAUCGCCAGCAAUCACUUACACAAUGGGGUGAAGGACAGUGAAAUCCUUGGAGGGAUGGAAUGCACUCUCGGUCAGAUUAUUUCCCAGAGAAAGCUUUCUAAAUCACUGCUGAAACAUGGAAAUACAGCAGGAAAGUCAUCGAUAACAGUGAUUGCAGAAGAAUUGUCGGGGAACGAUGAUUAUGUGGAAUUGACAUUCAGCGCGAGAAAGCUCGAUGAUAAGGAUUUUUUCAGCAAAUCAGACCCAUUUCUCGAAAUCUUCAGGAUGAAUGAUGAUGGAACACAGCAACUCGUACACAGAACAGAGGUCAUCAUGAACAAUCUAAAUCCAAUGUGGAAAACAUUUAAAGUCUCUGUAAAUUCCCUCUGCAGUGGAGAUCACGAUCGGAAACUAAAAUUGAUAGUCUGGGAUUGGGACUCCAAUGGCAAGCACGACUUUAUCGGAGAAUUUACAUCGACCUUUGUAGAAAUGUGUGGGGCAAUGGAUGGCCGACAGGUUCAGUGGGAAUGCAUCAACCACAAGUACAAAGCAAAGAAGAAAAACUACAAGAACUCUGGCAUUGUCAUUCUCAACCUCUGUAAAAUCCACAAGAUGCACUCCUUCCUUGAUUACAUCAUGGGCGGAUGUCAGAUUCAGUUUACAGUCGCUAUAGAUUUCACAGCCUCCAAUGGAGACCCAAGAAACAGCUGCUCCCUCCACUACAUCCACCCAUAUCAGCCGAACGAAUACCUGAAAGCAUUGGUGGCUGUGGGCGAGAUCUGCCAAGACUAUGACAGUGACAAAAUGUUCCCGGCCUUUGGAUUUGGAGCAAGGAUACCACCUGAUUCUAAAGUCUCUCAUGACUUUGCAAUCAACUUUAAUGAAGAGAACCCAGAAUGUGCAGGUAUACAAGGAGUUGUCGAAGCCUAUCAGAAGUGCCUUCCAAAAAUCCAACUUUAUGGACCAACAAACAUUGCCCCAAUUAUCCAGAAGGUGGCCAGUUCAGCCUCAGAGGAAAUGCACACCAAGGAGGCGACGCAAUACUUCAUCCUUCUGAUUCUGACGGACGGAGUGAUCACCGAUAUGGCUGACACCAGGGAUGCCAUUGUCCAUGCCUCUCACCUUCCCAUGUCAGUGAUCAUCGUGGGGGUUGGAAACGCUGACUUCAGCGACAUGCAGAUGCUAGAUGGAGACGACGGGAUUCUCCGCUCCCCAAAGGGUGAACCCGUUUUGCGAGACAUCGUUCAGUUUGUGCCAUUCAGGAACUUCAAGCAUGCAUCUCCUGCUGCUCUGGCAAAGAGUGUCCUUGCUGAAGUCCCGAACCAAGUGGUGGAUUAUUACAAUGGAAAAGCAAUUCCGCCAAAAUGUCUGUCGGACUACGAGUCUUCCCGAACACUUGCGCCGUAAUACUUUAGCGACCUUUUACCCAGUACAAAUUAUGAUGCAUAGCACGUCUCAGUGACUUUUAAAAUGAAUGAGAGAAAAUAUUUUGCAUGUGUAGUCACCAGGCCUGCAUUCUCCUAACCUGUUGUACUGUUGACAGAUUUUUACACGCGAUGGACUACUUUGCAUUACAGCAUGUCGCCUUGAAACGUAUCAGUAUCUGUUUUUUAUACAGGUUUAUUGGGAUUUUACUAAAUUUCUUAAUAUUCUUACACUGUAAAGCAUUUUGGAACAUUUAUUGAAAGUUGAUAGUGAGCAGUAUUGGCUCCAUCUGUUACUAAUGAUGGAUUUUUCAGAUGCAUGGACUGUCUUUUGCAUGUCUAUAAUAAAAUGACACUGUUUUCCAA